AUGUGAUGUGAUGUGAUAGACUGGCGAGCGGUCGGGGAGGGUGCACUAGCCGCGCCGGGCCGGGCUGGGGACUGCAGCCGGGGCGAACGAGGCAUUGCGCCCCCGCUCUAUCCCUGGGGCGUUGGGCUGAGGUCCAGAAGGGGGGGGGGGGGGGGGGGGGGGGACUCUCGGAUCCGACCAAGUGGGCUGGGUGCUGAACACCAGCGACUGAGGCCCACACUCAGACUUUGCUCCCUUAUCUGUACAUUCUCACUGUGUCCUUCAACGGCGGGAGUUGGCGGUUCAGAGCAAGAUCGACUUCCUCAUGCAAUUCUAAUUUGUUUGAGGAACAUCAGGUUUAAAAACAAAGCACGAUGCCAUUCGUGGGUGACGAGUUAUAUAAGUACGUGAGGGUGGAGAUGCAAAGUUUUCUCCGGAUAAAUGUAACAGAAUUGAUACCACAUCUGCACUGCCUCACACAGAUGGACGAGGAACGAGUUCGAGCUGUAGACAGAAUGGAAGGCAAUGAGGCUGCUGUCCCCAUAUUGCUGGAUCUUGUGAGACGGAGGCGGAAUUGGGAAAGGCAGCUGAUAAACGCACUGCGCAGGAAUGAGUACGAGGACCUUGCAGUUGGUUUAGAAAAUAAAUUUCACUCUCUCGCUCCACGGAGGCCGUCAGCACCUGGAGGCCCAUCUGCACGAUUCCCUACACAGGCCACCGCUGAUAACUCUUCAGUGACGCAUGUUUCUUCUCCUCCAAGAUCUCAGUCCGUUGUCCCAGGUGGACCCUCGCCCACACUGGUUGUCGCUGGCGAUCAGCUGGCAUUUCCUGAUGUUAUUCCACCAGCAGCCCACCUUCAGCCCGAUGUCACUGGGCUGCAGCCCACUGUGCAGGAUCAGUACUCUGUGUCCAGCCCACCUGCACCAAGCCCACCUGCACAAAGCCCACCUGCACCGCAGCUAGUGUCCGACACACCCAUGCUGAAUGCAUCAGUGCAAUCCACAGUUGUGCUGCAGACUGUGUCUGGCACACCCAUGCUGAAUGCACCAGUGCAGUCUACCACUGUUCCACUGUCUGUGCCUGCCACACUCUUGCCUAAUACACCAGGGCAGUCCACCCCUGUAGUUGGCAUGCAGGUACCUAACACACCAGCACAGUCUACACCCUGCCCACAGACUGUGCCAGGCACAUCCAGUCUUCGUUCACCUGGGACACAGUCCACACCCAGCACCCCAGUAUCAGGCAUCCACCACGCCACCUCGCUCAGACAUGCCAGCUGCUGUUUCAAACGCUUGUGGUGAAUCAUCCUCUGUGUCCUCCCGCCUUUCUCGUUCCAUAGAGUGUAGAGUGCCAGUUCAAGAGUUGGGAAACCUCCUGGACAGAGAAGAAAGCACAGAUUGCAAGCUGCCUGUACAGGAGAAAACGGUUCCUUCGGCACAAUCAAAUCCAAGUGAUAUUUCCAAUCUGCAACUGAAUCAGACCAAGCCUUUAAAUCAAGGUAACGCCGGUGAUAAAUGCAACGUACCCAGUACUGACCGAGCUAAAGGAGAAACAAUAACCGAACAAGCCGUUGCCAUGGUCCCUCCACCAAGCAUACAAUUGCACCUACCCUGGCCACCACCGGAGGCAAGCGCUGAUGACCUGCAAACCAUGGACAGACCUGGUGCAUUGAGGAGCGAUGUUGAGAAUCUUCCCGAAGGUAGCUGUUCAAUAAAUUCAAGUGAUUUGCAGAUCAGUACAAUGGGCACGGCCGGAAACCAUGGAAUGGGCGGUGCUGCACCAAUCAACCGUUACCCAGGACCCACCUCCACACUUACUCGGAUUUCGGAAGAACCGCACGAUGAAAACUCCGUCAAGGAACAAAAGAUUCGGGCCCUGCAAGGUUACCAGAAUGAUCACCCGCAAGAAGAAUUUUACGAUGUUAACAAUCCCUUGAAUAUACAGAGGAAUUUUGAUGCUCUGAAGAAAGCAGCUGCCUUGAAUGAAGAUGUAGGCCUCGCUCAAGGGGACAUGUUGAAUCAAAACCUCGAGGGUGAGUUUUGUCAGAAGAAUAAGCCUAAUCCGAUAAGUAGCAGCGAAGUCACACAGGGUCCUGCAGUUACAAGCUCACAUCCUGGAGAUAAUGAGGUUGCCUCUGCACCUGAGUUCAUAGAGCACGUGCAGCCCAGUGACAGCAAUUCUAUAAUUUCCAGCAGCGAGCUAAUGUUCAGUUCAGGAUCCAGUGCCGAUAGCUCUUUUCAAAACAGUUCUGCUGACUCCGACAUCGAGACAAGUGCCGCUGCCAGUCAAGACUCGGUGAACGCCAGCCCGCAGAAGAACCAUCCAGAGUUCCUGUACUCUGAUGUGCAAGUCCCAGCGUGGACAGAAGGAGCAAAUAGACUAAGGCAGAAUCCAACUCUUGAGCAUGAUAAUGAACCGGAGUACACCGGGGAAGUUGCUCGUCAUCUCUCACGUCCAGGCAGAUUUACAGAGGCGGAUUCAGGUGAAGAGUCGAGCCAAGAUGUUGAUGUUUCAGCGGGAGUAAAUUCAUUCCAUGCAAACUAUGAAGAGAGCCAUGGUAAACAUUACUUUAACACUGAAGACAGCCACAUGAGUGCGUGCAGUCAAGAUGUCAAGGAGUACACUGGGCACAUCCAUCAGGAACCAAGCUAUGAAAACGAAGCAGGCAAUGUUCGUGAAUUUGAAGCAGGGAACGCGAGGGAUUAUGCGGAGGAAGUCUCGACUGAUGUUUUAUCCAACAAACAUGUUCCUUUAACCUCUCAGCAAAGGUCACAAACCAACCUGCCAGAAAAACCGACUGGGGAUUCAAGGCAGCCAGAUCAUGUACUUGUUUCCACAAUAGUUUUGGUAUUCACUAUUGUUGCUGGGUUUGUAUGGAAACACUAUCAUAAGUAAUGCUUGAGAGGUUAGUAAAAGAGAAAAUCACGGCAAGUUUAAAACCAGAUUUCAACUUAAAGUCGUGAAAAUAAAUUGCUUUCUGCCCGA